AUUUAUCAAAUAGCAAGCUACGGUGUGUUAAAAGAGACAGUGUAUUGACCUGUUUGAAGUAUGCAUGGUGACGAGGCAAGAGAGAUUUCUGGUUUUAUUCCAGUCGAGGUCAUAUAUCAACAUGGCAAACAUGGCACAAGUUCUAUUUUUAAAGUUGAAUUUCCACUGUCAGCAAAAGUUGAAAUAUUGAAAAAAGAUAUGCAUCCAAGGCUGAAAAUUCCACCAGAUCAACAAGUAUGGAUCUACAAAGGAGUUCCACUUUCAGACUCAGACACUAUGUUAUCAAAAAAAAUUAAAGUUGAUGACAAAAUUGUUGUACAAGAAAGGAAAGCUGAAACAGAAAUGACACACUAUUCAGACUCUGAGACUUUGCCGCAAGAAGAAAGUUGUAAAUAAACCUUCAAGUGUUAUUAUUGACUUUGUAAAUCUUCACCCAAGCUUAUUAUAUCCUUUAAACAGUCAUCAAAGUAACUAAUUUUGUAUAUACAUCAUUUUUACUUGUAAUUUGAUCAUUUUCAUAGUCGAAUUACUGAUUAGAAAAUAAUUAAAACAUUGCUAGAACUAUAAUAGUUAAUUUUGAAUUCUUUUUUCUAUAACAUAAUUGAAAAGGUCCUCUCUCUUAAGUUGUGAGCAUUUCACAUUUUCUAGUAUAACUUGCUGAACUAAACAAAUUCCAGUCCUAGAACCUAAUAGUAGAUAAAAAACAUACUACUUUUGUGUUUUCACCAAUAUAACUCGCAAUGAAGGUUGUCUGAUCUUUUUAUAUAUUGCAUAAAAAUGUAUUGGCAGGGCCUGUAAGAUGGGUUAGAAGCAAACCUCUCAAUUGACCCCAAAAUAAAAGUUGUCCAUGUAGUUACAGCUCUUGGUAAUGGUGUGCCCAUCUCCCUUUAACUUUAUGGCAAAAAAUAAUAUUUUUUUUGUCAUUGCAAAUGUGAAUAAGUUUAUAAAUGGAGCACCGGAAUGGGUUGCUACACCUCUACAUACAAGUGCCUAGACACAUGGGAUUUUUUUUAGAUAUGACCUGUGUAUCGAGCUAAAAUCCUAAUAGGGAAGAAAAAAAUCUCCUUGGACAGGUUUAUUAGGGAAAGUGUGGUGAAAUAAACCCAACAUUAGUGAAUAGAAAAGCAGUGAUGAAAAUUAAGCGGAAGUAACAAAACAUUAUUUAGUAACAUUUAGGUUCAACUAUGUUUGCUGAAGUUUAGAUUCUGUUAAGUUUAGGGAUAAAGUAAAUUAAAGUGGCAGAAAGAGGUUAACAUUAACAGUGAACAAAGUGAAGCUACUCCGCUUAUCUCCACCCUCCACUGGGAAACACCUCUACCAGCCUAUUCUGUAAGCUCAAGUCAGCUGAUUUUUAAGCUAAAUGCACUUUAUAAAAUCAGUCUAUAUUUUUGCAUUAUCCAUUCUAAUGUUAUAAAACAAUAUUUGUUAUGUAUAAAUACACUUUUAAUAUUUAAAAAACAUGUAUCAAAAACAAUGGGGUGUGGGUGGUGGUGGGCUGGAACAGAUUAAUGGCAUUUCAAUUAAUUUUAAUGGGGAAAAAUGGCUUUGAGAUGAGAUACAAGCAAUGUUAUGGAAUGAAUAAAACUAUCUCGAUGUGCCACUGUAUAUUUGUGU